AAAAAUGGCGGUUUCUUCUGGAAGAACAGAGCAGAGCAGAGGUGGCGGUUGUUGUCGGCGGCGAUCUCCGAUUCCGAGCGACACGGCAAAACCUUCCUUUCGGCCCAAGCAAGCUUCUGCUAGUGUGCCGCAAGUUAUUCUCCAAUCUGCACCUGAAAGUUGAAAUUCCGAGCUCUCUUUUGCCUUCCGCUUGAUUUCCUGCUCUACCGACUUCAAUCGCUUCCCGAUUCGACUAUGAGCAGGGACGAGUGUUUCACGACGCAGCUGAUUAACGAAAACGGCGAGUUCAAUGUCGCUGGCCUGGAGGGUUUCACCCGGAAGAUUAAGUUGGCUGAGUGUGGCCUUUCCUAUGCGGUGGUCGCUGUCAUGGGGCCUCAGAGCAGCGGGAAGAGCACGUUACUGAAUCAUCUUUUUCACACUAAUUUUACGGAGAUGGAUGCGUACAAGGGAAGGGUUCAAACUACCAAGGGCAUAUGGGUUGCGAAGUGUAUUGGCAUUGAGCCUUGCACGAUUGCCAUGGACUUGGAGGGUACGGAUGGAAGAGAAAGAGGAGAGGAUGAUACUACAUUUGAGAAACAAAGUGCGCUAUUUGCUCUGGCAAUCUCUGAUAUUGUUUUAAUAAAUAUAUGGUGCCAUGAUAUUGGUCGAGAGCAGGCUGCUAACAGGCCUCUUCUAAAGACAGUCUUUGAGGUCAUGAUACGCUUAUUCAGCCCACGUAAAACGACUCUAAUGUUUGUUAUACGUGAUAAGACAAAGACCCCACUUCGGCAUUUGGAGUCUAUUCUGAAGGACGACAUUCAGAAGAUAUGGAAUGCUGUUCAUAAACCGGAUUCCCUUAAGAAUACUCCCCUCAGCGAAUUUUUUAAUGUGCAAAUCUUUGCUUUGUCAAGCUAUGAAGAGAAAGAGAAGAAGUUUAAAGAAGAGGUUGCUCAACUGAGGCAACGGUUUUUCCGUUCUAUUUCUCCAGGUGGACUUGCUGGUGACCGACGAGGAGUUAUCCCUGCAUCAGGAUUUUCUUUUAGUGUGCAGCAAAUAUGGAAAGUCAUAAAGGAAAACAAGGACCUGGAUCUUCCUGCCCACAAGGUAAUGGUUGCUAGUGUGCGGUGUGAAGAGAUUGCCAAUGAGAAGUUUAGUCGCUUAACCACCGAUGAGAGGUGGUUGGCAUUAGAUGAAGCGGUCAAAGAGGGUCCUGUAUUGGGCUUUGGGCAAAAGCUAAGCUCAAUCUUAGAAUCCUAUUUCAAAGGAUAUGACAUAGAGGCAAUGUAUUUCGAUGAAGAAGUGAGAAAUGCUAAAAGAAGACAACUGAUGUCAAGGGCAUUGGAGUUUGUAUAUCCUUCUUAUGUUGUCAUGUUGGGACAUCUGCGGUCUAAAGCCUUUGAGAAUUUUAAGGAUAGGGUUGAACAGUCUAUGAACGAUGGAGAAGGAUUUGCAUCAACCGUUCGCAACUGUACCAAAACUUGCAUGCUUGAGUUUGACCAAGGGUCUGCAGAUGCUGCUGUGCAGCAAGCCAAUUGGGAUCCUUCAAAAUUCCGGGAUAAACUACGCCAUGAUAUGAGCACACAUGCAUCAUUUGUUCAAAAUGAAAAGCUAUCAGGAAUAGUAGCCAGCUACCAGAAACGCCUCGAUGAAGCACUGACUCAACCAAUAAGAUCUCUGCUUGAAGCUAGUGGGAAGGAUACUUGGGCUUCAAUAAGAAAGAUUCUUCAACACGAGACUGAAAUUACCAUAUCAAAGUUUUCAGCUAAUAUUGCUGGUUUUGAGUUGGAUCAAGAAAAAGUUGACAACAUGGUGCUAAACCUUAGGAACUAUGCUAGAAAUGUGGUUGAAAACAGAGCAAAAGAAGAAGCAGGAAAGGUUCUAAUGCACAUGAAGGAUAGGUUUUCAACCGUAUUCUCUCAUGACAAUGAUUCAUUGCCUAGGACCUGGACUGGGGAGGAAAAUAUUAGAACCAUAACUAGAGAUGCCCGCACAGCGUCAUUGAAGGUUUUAUCUGUUUUGGCUGCUAUACGUUUAGAUGAGAAGCCAGAUAAGAUUGAAAAUGUUCUCAUUUCAUCUUUGAUGAAUGAAGCUGUUGCAAUCUCUUCGUCAAAAGAUAGAAGUUCUGGACCUUCUUCUGACCCUCUUGCCUCAAGUACAUGGGAGGAGGUCUCUGCAAAGGAUACUCUGAUUACACCUGUGCAAUGCAAGUCCUUGUGGAGGCAGUUCAAAGCAGAGACCGAAUAUAUGGUUACUCAGGCCAUAACAGCACAGGAGGCGUAUAAGAGGAGUAACAAUUGGCUACCCCCUCCCUGGGCAAUUUUGGCUACGUUAAUCCUUGGUUUCAAUGAAUUGAUGCUUCUAUUAAGGAAUCCUCUCUACCUUCUGGUUAUAUUUGUGGUGUAUCUACUUUCAAAGGCCUUAUGGGUUCAGAUGGACAUUGGGAGGGCGUUUCAAAAUGGGACUUUGGCUGGACUUCUUUCCGUUUCUUCUCAGUUCCUUCCAUCUGUUCUGAACCUCCUUAGAAAACUUACUGAAGAAGCUCAAGGAUAUACAAAUCCCCAAUCAACAAGACCACUAUCAAACUUCCAGAGUUUCAGGAGUCAGGCACCUCAGUCAAAUCCAGAAACAAACUCAAUUCUGGAGCAAUCGGCAGUAUCCAAUGUCGAGUCAUCAGUAUCAUCCAACGUUGAGUCGUCGUCCGACAGCGAGGAAAUUGAAUACUCGAGCCCCAGCUUGGUCCACAGGCAGACUAAGAACCCCUGAGAAGCUGAUUGGUUUUAAUGAGAUUUCAUCUCUACAUAUAAGGUAUGAGAUUCGAUCAUCUCCAUUAGUAGAAUGUUUUAUCAUCAUUUUACCAUACAUGCUCGUGCUCGUCUCAUCGAAAAAUAAAUGCAGGUCGAAAUAAGAUUAGGACAUGUAAUGUAAAAUGUAAUGUGCUAUAACUGUAUAAUGUUUAAACUAUAUACACAAAUGGCUUACUGUGUUUAGAGACUGAGAUCAUAAUGCUUGGGCUAGCUGGCUGAGACACUGCUUCAGAUCUCCCUUUUCUUCUA